UUCGCGACGAUGUGGUCCUAUGUGUCGGCACCUUUGAUAAACGAUCGGAUUGUGGAGAGCGUUCACCUCUAGUUUUUUUUUCAUCGUCCCCGGGCAAUUUCGGCUCCCAAAUUGUCGGCUCGCGUGCCUGGAUGCUGGUUUGUGUGUUACGGUUACACGCUCUGGGUAAAAGGUGGGGCCUGAGGAUCCACUGUUAAACGGCGGGCAGUCGCGAUCGCCCUCAGUGUUCCAGCAUGGAAAACCUGCGCCGCUAUCCCGCCUGGCUCUCACCGCUACUACAGCCCGAUCGUAGCCGCUAUCCCUGGUCGUUGCUUUAAGGCAGAUCAAGUUCCAAUUUCUGCCUGAGAUGAGGUCGGAGACUCACAGAAGCUAGUGCGAGUGCUGACCUGUGACCUUGAUUCGGGAGCUCGGGGAUGACUAAUGGUACAGAGAUGGCUGCACGGAUACUUGCGUUUCUCGGAUUCGUGCUGCUAAAGUUGGCCCUCGGACUUGACUUCGAUGGCUCAAAAAACUCCCACGCUCGUUACGCCAACUGGAAUGCCAGCAGUAAGGGAACUCUCAGCUUUGAAUUUAGGACCACCCAGGACAGAGCACUGCUCAUGUACAUGGACGAUGGUGGUAAACACGACUUUAUUGAGCUGAUUCUCUUAGAUGGUAAAUUGCGACUCAGAAAUAAGAUUGAGGAUGACAACCCGGUCAAAAUUGAUCUAGAUACCGGAAGCAAACUGAACGAUAACCAGUGGCACUCAGUAGAAAUUGUGAGAAACAAUAAAAUGACGACCCUUUCCGUGGAUGGGAAAACAAAAACAGGAACGUCAGACGGGAAGAAGAACAUCUUAGUGAGCGAGAGCGACGUGUUCUUCGGGGGUAUACCCCUGGAAGUAGAUCUGAACGACCUCUCCCUGCCCUCCUCCAUGUUUGAACCACGUUUCACGGGCUCGAUUCGAAACAUUCGGUUCGGAAACGAUGAGCCCAAGCUGAUCUCCAGCCAGGGAACGAAGGAGGUGCGUUACAUGUGCGCAGAUAGCAGCCCUUGUAAGAACGGUGGGAAGUGCAUAGAUGGGAAUUCAAAACUGUCCUGUGAUUGCACAGGGACAGGGUAUGAGGGAGACACCUGCAGCAAAGAGAUCAAAGCAAUUGACGUGGAAGCCGUCAUGUUAGCUGAUGGAGCAUACUAUCAGCCCAUGCCAGAUGCUCCCCUAGACUACCAAGAUGACUCCGUAGACAAUUAUAGAUAUCAAGCCAUGUCCCAGAAGAAGAAAUACAAAGCACAAGAAGCUGUGACCGCCACGUUCCGAGGCUCAGAGUACUUCGUCUACGACCUUUCUGGCAGUCCCAUCUCGAGCAGCCACGAUGAAAUCACGCUGGGCUUCAAGACCCACCAACGCAGCGGCCUGUUGUUCCACACGGGGACCGGUCAGGACUAUGUCAACCUUUCCCUGAAAAAUGGCGCGGUUUCCCUGGUGGUGAACCUCGGAUCCGGCGCGUUUGAGACCCUGGUGGAACCCCUGGAGGGCACCUUCAAUGACAACCGAUGGCACGAUGUGAAGGUCACUCGGAAUCUGCAGCAGCAGUCGAACAUAGGAUCCGCUAUGGUUACGAUUUCAGUAGAUGAAAUCUUCACGGAGACGGGGUUCACGCAAGAUGCCUUCACCAUGCUGGGGACCGACGACUUCAUCUAUGUGGGAGGCAGCCCCAGCAGCGCAGACCUGCCGGGUUCAACCAUCACCAACAACUUCAUGGGAUGUCUGAAGCAGGUUGUAUACAGGACUAUCCAGCCAGCGGAGACAAACCUUGACCUCUCCUAUCUGGCAAAGUCCAACAGCCCCAAGAUGAAAGCCUACGGCAACCUGGAGUUCACCUGCAACGAGGUGUCUCCCCUCGACCCCGUGACCUUCCUCACGCCCGAGUCCUACCUCGAGUUACCGACAUGGACGGCAAAGCAGACCGGGACGAUAUCCUUCGAUUUCCGCACGAAAGAGGACAACGGCUUGUUGAUGUACAACUUUGGAACUGUAGAGCAACCGGACUUCUUUGCCUGCGAACUCUUAGACGGCCAUCUUUAUGUCAUGUUUGACCUUGGGUCAGGGCCGGUGAAGGUGAAGGCUACCCAGAAGCCCCUGAAUGACGGAGAGUGGCAUCACGUGGACAUCCAGCGAGACGGCCUGAGCGGCAUGGUCGUGGUGGACUCACGACUCAGCAAGUUUUCUGUACCCGCCGGUAGCUCCCAGUUAGGGCUCAACAGUAAGCUGUAUGUCGGCGGAUACGGCACCAGCUGGAGCGCCCUACAGCUGCCGAAAGAGAUCUGGUCAGGCAAGCUGUACUACGGCUUUGUCGGUUGCAUGAGGGACAUCUACAUGGAUGGGCGCAGCCUGGAUAUAGCAGCGAUCGCCAAGCAGCAGGGCGCAGUGGGUGUGGGGUCGUACUGCCGGCCCAUGGUGGACCAGUGCAGCAGCAGGCCUUGUCAGCAGGGAGGGAAGUGCAAGGAGGGGUGGAACCGCUACAUCUGUGACUGCUCCAAGACGGUCUUCUCUGGCAAGAAUUGUGAAAAGGAGUCGACCAUGCUGACGUUUGCUGACGGGCAGUACCUGACGGUGUCUCUGCUGGGGCCGGUGCAGACGGAAGCGGAGGACAUCACCCUGCGGUUUCGCACGGCUUCGUCGUACGGACUUCUCCUGGCCGUGACCUACGAGGGGGGCUCGCAGGAAAACGUGCUGAUGAUGGAGAUCGAGGCAGGGAGGCUGAAGCUCACCUUCAACCCUGGCCCUGGUCCAGACUUCUUGUACGGUGGGGAGGGUCUGGAUGACAACAACUGGCACACAGUGCAACUCAGGCGCCGCGGUCGCCAGCUUAAUCUUCGGGUGGACGAUUUAGAUGUACCCGCUAUAUAUCCUUUCCCAUUGGGGUCAGGUUUCUUUGGUGAAAGCUUCCAAAUGUUACAAAUCCCGGAACCUGGUACUGUCUCCAAGUCGAGCGCUGUCCUGGACUUCAACUCCAUAGCCAUUGGCAGUCUCCAGAAGGCCAAACCCGACGGCACCUCGCCGCCCAGCUUUGAGGGCCAGAUGCAGAACUUUGUGUUCAACGGGAACCCCUUCAUCGAGAUGGCCAUGUCGGGAGGGGUGGACAUGAUCCAAACCAACGCCCAGUUCGGCAAGGGCACCAAGGUCAUAGGCAACCCCAUCACCUUCCGAGAUCAGGCCAGCUACGUCAAGCUCCAGACUCUCGAAGCCUACUCCAGCAUGAACCUGGUCUUCAAGUUCAAGACGACUCAGCCCGAUGGGCUCAUUAUGUACAACGGCGGGGAUGGAAAUGACUUCUUAGCCCUGGAAUUGGUGAAGGGGUACUUACAGUACGCGUUCAAUCUGGGCGAUGGGGCCACCAUGAUGAAGGGGAAGUCGGACAUGUUGAACGACAACGAGUGGCACGAGGUCAAGAUCACUCGUGACGAGAACUUGAACCACCGGCUGACCAUCGACGACUUGGCCGUGCAGAAGACGACCAAGGGUUCCAAGAACUUGGACCUGAAGGGAGAGAUGUACGUGGGAGGGUAUCCGGAGCAGAAGUACAAGGAACUGCCCCUGAUGGUGGAGGCGCGGGCCAAGCAACUGGGCUAUCAGGGCUGCCUGGCGUCCAUCAACCUUGAUGGGAAAUAUCCAGACCUACUGAAGGACAACAAGCGGCUGAGCGGAUCCAUAGUAGCUGGAUGUGAAGACCUGACCAACUCGUGUGCAGGUGACCCCUGCAACGGUGGGAAGUGUAGCCAGCAGUGGAACAGGUAUGAGUGUGACUGCGGGAUGACAACGUACACCGGACCAACUUGCGAAAACGGUUUGCUGAUCGUUCCCCACAGAUAA